CCCCCUCUGCCACCACCAAGAACCCCCCUCUGUAACAAUUUAGAGUAAAAAGGCCGUAAGUCAUGCGAGCGUAACAUAAUCAGGAGAACGUAGCAAUUAAGGGGUUUAUCGAAAAACACAGGUGGCUCGCCGCUGCUGGACAACAUGGAAUUGUUGCAAGAGGAUGACUCGUCAUUAGCCCUCAGCGAGCAGGGAAUGGAGAGCGCUCCGACCCCUCAGGAGACUGUAGGGGAGGAAGACGCGAGGGUGCUGACAUUGGCUGAGCAAAUUAUAGCGGCGCUACCGGAAAGGAUCAAGAGAGCGGAAGGCGAUUCUCCGUCUUCUUCCUCGCCACCUCCCCCGGCACCGCCCUUAUCGCCACUGGAGGACGCUCUGAUGGAACAAAUGCCUCUGGAUUCUGGUGAAUUGUUCGACUCUUAUCGCGACUGCAGCGGAGGUGCGGCAUCGGUGUCAGACGUGGAUGCCGAUGCCAGCCCCUCGAGUCCAUCCAGCAGCUGUCUGACACCGGACUCGCCCUCGCCUCCGCCCACGACGGCCGACUUCUGCGAAUUUCUGCAGCUACAGCUGCAAUUGGACAGCGGAAACGGGCACAACGGGCAAUACUAUACUGGCGAACGGAAGUACGGUAACGUGAUGGGCUCUGGAAUAUGCGGGGGUGUGACAGGUGGCGGUAACGGAGCCGGCGACGGAAGCGAGGCGGACCUGAGCAGGCUCACGCUGUCCGAUCGCGAGCAAAGGGAGCUCUACCACGCCGCCAGAAUGAUCCAGAAAGCCUACAGAAAUUACAAGGGACGCCAGAGGCAGGAGGAGGCCGAGAGACACGCCGCUGUCCUCAUUCAGCAAUAUUAUCGUCGACAUAAACAGUACGCUUAUUAUAGACAAGCCACGAAAGCCGCGCUGGUGAUACAAAGUAACUACCGGAAUUAUCGGUCGCGUCCGGGGUCGGCCAGCUCGAGGCAGCAGGCUGUUCAUCAGCAAGCCGCCCAUCAGGCAGCCAGGAAGAUCCAGCAGUUCAUGAGACAGUCGAAAAUCAACUUGUCGUGGGACGAUUCACGACCGGCUGCAGAACGCCAGGGCCGCCGCAAGCGUGAACGGGAGGCCGCCAGCGGGCAUUUUACGGGCGGUUGCUGUCCCCCAAAGCUCGCCCUCAUCUAGCCCAGGGGCCAGCCUAGUAGCCGCCAACCCAGAGGUCACUUAGUCGACCGUCGAUCGAACAACGCGCAGAACGCCGACGACACACCGGAAGCGAAACAAUAGAGCCUAGACAUUCGCGAAUAUCGAAUAUCCGGUCGUCGUGUGGAACG